GCGCUCAGUCUGAGUUCAUAUGCGCCCAUCAUUGUUCCACAACAUGUCUCCCGUAGCGACCACGCGCUUGCACAAACGUGCACACUCUGUAUGAACUAUAUGAAUGUCCUAUGUUGCUGCAGACUGCACGCAUGUUUCUAAGAUCUCUGCAGUUAAGUUGACAACACGCUCUUUCUGAAAUGCAUUGCAAAAUUUAGAAGAAAAAAAAAAUAAAAAUGGACCCGAUAACUUUAACAGCAGGGUAGGAAGAGAGAAAAAAAAACCCGUCUGGCAGCAGUCGAUAUUAAAAACAUGCAGAGGGAGACAAGCUCGGGGCCUUCCAGAGUCAGGAAAAAGACUUCGGAGAGCUGCAGACAGGAGAUGGGUAUGGCAUUUCUAUUUUCCCCCAGCCCAUUGAUUUGUAUAUGAAAACAUAGCGCUUUUAUUCUCCCCCCUUCUGGGCUCUGCUUCUGAGUGAUCAGCUGAUGAAGAGACUAGCAGCUCGCCGCUAUGCUGGCUUGCUAAUUCUCUCCCCCACAGCUGCAGCCGAUCCUGAUAGCCAGCCUGCAGAUUGCAGUCAGCCUGAAGCAGCAGAAAACGGUUCCCUGGAGGAGAUGGAGGAGGACAUCAGUCUUAAGAAGCGUAAAAGUGAUAAUCAUGGGGAGAAAGAGCUGCAGACCGGGCAGGAAACCGGCGAAAAGGUCAAGAGGAAGCGAGGACGCCCACCUGCGGAGAAGCUACCUCCAAACCCACCUGAGCUCACGAGAACACUGAGCACGCUGGUAGAUAUGGUUAUCAACUACAAGGACGGGUUGGGUCGACAGAUCAGCAAAGGCUUUGUGCAGCUCCCCUCUAAAAAGGAGGUUCCUGAGUACUACGAGCUGAUCCGAAAGCCUGUCGACUUCAGAAGGAUCAGGGAACGUGUGCGUAAUCACAAGUACAGAAGUGUGGGGGAUUUGGAGAAGGAUAUUUUCCUCUUGUGUCACAAUGCUCAGACCUAUAAUCUGGAGGGAUCUCAGAUCUAUGAGGAUUCAAUUGUCAUUAAGUCUGUUUUCGAGAGCGCGAGACAGCGAAUUGUCACGGACGAGGAACAGAAAGAAAAGGUUAGCGCCAGUCACAGCGACAAUGGCGGUGGAGCUGAAGACCAAUUUGUUCCGUCAGAAGUGAAACCAUUACCAGUCCAGCUAAAGAAGGGCAAUAAGGAGAGAAGCAGAAACGCCAUGACCAAGCGGCUCCACAGUGAUUUAGACAGUGAUGAGGAUCUAGAGGAUAACACCACAAAGGAUGAGGGUUGAACUGAAGGGCCCUCCAUUUUUUUAUAUUCUGGUUCAUGUCUGUUCUCUAUCACAUCCCCUUUUCAUUGGUUUCUUCAUUUUCUAAGCAAAACAAAGGAAGCGGGGAGGACCACUCAAAGCAAAGAGAGCCACUUUGGAAUAAUGCUUUUCUUUUCGAUGACUUGUGACACUCAUUCAAUAUGUCUUGCUGCACAUAGUGCUUUUCUUUUCAUAUAGCUGGUCUUUUUGUUAUAAUUUCCCUUUUAUCUGCCUUAUUAGUCUCUGUGAUAGCUUCUGCAAAAUAUUAUGUAAAACACCAGUUUCACUGACUGUUUUUAAUCAAUAUAUUUGAUUGUAUGAAAUGCCUUCAUAUGUCUUGGAGCAUGGUAUGUACAGUAUAUCUCUCCUGAAGCUGGCUCCUCCAGAGUAGCACCCGCUGAUGACAAUGUUGACGUGUCCAGGGCUUGAGAAACUGAAGCACACAGGGAGGUGUUUUUAAAAGAACAAAUGAACACUUUAAAAUCUCUGAAUGUGAUUUUAGAGAUGAUACAUCUUUGUUAAAAAACAAAACAAAAAAAAACUGUGGAAGUACGAUGUACUGAUGUACCUUUGUCUGUUUCUGAUUCUAGAUGGAAUAAGUUUGGGUCGGAUCAAGGGUACUCAAGUUGAACAUUUUUAUCCCUUGUGCUACAGUAUAUUAUUCACAUAUUGUACAGUUUGUGUGAAAAGUAAGUAAAAUAUCUUUUCAUCUACUCUCCUGGUUGUUGGAGGGGAUGAAAGAUAUCAUUGUUAAGACAAUCCCUAGAAACAUGUAUCACUUAAACACUUGCAAAAUAAAUUUUACCAAAAGUC